AUGGCCGCUCUCGUUAAGGCGAUCAACGCAAAGAUCAGGUCCAACCCUGUGACGGACUAUGUCUGCUCUACCCACUUCUGGGGUCCCGUCUCCAACUUCGGUAUCCCCCUGGCCGCCGUUAUGGACACCCAAAAGUCCCCCGACCUCAUCUCCGGCCAGAUGACCGGUGCCCUCUGCAUCUACUCGGCCACCUUCAUGCGCUACGCCCUCGCCGUCCAGCCCAAGAACUACCUCCUCUUCCUCUGCCACUUCGUCAACGAGGGCGCUCAGCUCACCCAGGGAUACCGUUACAUGCAGUACAACUACUGGGGCGGAAAGGAGGCCCUGAACGCAAAGACGGCUGUCGAGGGUGUCAAGAACACGGCCGCUGCUGUCGAGGGCAAGGUUAAGGACGCCGUCAGCAAAUAA